AAACGUUUUCGUUUGGCACCAUUCUGGUAUGUUAUUAGGACAAACGUGAAAAAUUCGUUAUGCGAAUAACGUUAGCAAAAGUGAGACGGACUGCCCUAAUGAAGUGUGCGGGCUGUUCAGAGGGGUGACUGACAUUCGUCUGACGUCGCAGACACGGAAAAAUCAUUGUGGCGAUAGGAACUGGUGUGCGUUUCGGUAGAUCGGGUUCAAAAGAAAACUUUGUUUUUCGAUAACUGUAAAUACGUACGUAGGUAUAUCAAACAAUGAGCGAAUUAAGUCAAGAAGAGAUUCGGAGAAGACGACUAGCUCGUCUCGCCCCCCUAGAAAGUGGAUCGCCCUCGAACUCGAUCUCUCCUCCCAUUACCCCAAUCUCACAAUCUCCCAUGAGCAAUGCACAAAGUCCUCCUGUGCUGGAAACUCAAAUAAAUCCUCUGGACCAAAAAUGUUUUAUAGCGCAGGGAUCUAGUAGAGAUAAACAAGAGAAAGAGCUGACAUUUCAUGAUGAAAAAGACAAAGAGAUGAAAGAUGUUAUGUGUAAUGAAUCGGAGAAUAGGCGUUUCGAUGGUGUGUUUAAAGAACCAACAAAACCUAUAGAUAUACAAACGCCAACAAGUUCCAAGGUGAGAGUUAGGGCGCCUCCUCAAAGAAGUGAUUCAGAAACAAGUUCCAUACAUAUGGAGGUUGACGAAGUUAGUGGAUGUGCAGAUAAAAUGGGUGGUACUGACAUUGAUUCAGGAUUUGAAAAUAUGGAGGUGGACGAAUCGGACGCCCAGAAAAAGGAUAAUCAUAGGCAGCGGACGACGUCCUCAUCUAGUGAACUGACUGUAGAGCAGGUUCACGAAACUAUAGAACGCAUCCUAUCCGUAUCAUUCGACGGACCGAAAGAGAACCGUCUCUGCUUAAUAGACCUAGAGAAAGGCGUCGAAGACAAACCCGAAAUGCCGAUCAGGAGCCUCAUUUCGAGAUCAAUUUUCGAAACCAUCGCUCACAUAGCGUUCAACAAGGAGCCGUUUCAGAACGUGUCGCCCCAGAAUCAUGAUAUUUCGGACAAUAAUAGCCUCCACUCGGGAUCUGUAAGUCCUACGCUGAACUCACCAUCACCCAGCCACGUUAUGUCGUGUCCCAUACCGCUUCUGACCAUGAAGGAAGCCCCAGACCAGACCCCUAUGGCCUCCGCUUUGAAAUAUAUCAUGGACUCAUAUAAUCGGGUUGCUGUGGAAGAAAGAAACCACCCGAAAAGGUCUAGCGUUCCGCCCUUGAGCGACGUCUUGACGGAAAUCAGAGCUCAGCUUAUCCAAUAUACGGUUAUAACGGUCGAGGGUCCCUUCGCUUCUUUGGAAUACCCCAUCGCUAAAUCUCCCCUUCUUGGACCGAUUUUGCAGCAGGUUGUGCCAAGAGGUUUCCUGACCGAACUGGUCACUCGUACUUAUUCCGACGAGAAGAUGUUCGAUCAAGUGUUUAGCCCCAUUUUGCAAGGGUUAUUUAGGAUGAUGCAGCACGCGGACAUUGUCGAAGACGAGCACCGAUUACCUUUGCAAACGUUGUUCGAAUUGGCCGAUAUCAGGUGCAGUAAUAGGCCGAUAUGUUCGUUGAUUACGCGGCAACCUCAGUUCGCCAUCGGGGAACCUUUGACGGUCGCAGGUGGACGCGAGGUAACGUUCACGUCGUUCCUCGGCCCUUUCCUGAAUAUCUCGGUGUUCGCCGAGGACGAGCCGAAGGUUGCCGAAAAACUGUUUUCCGGCAAUGCGGUCAACGACAAAACCCUCAACCAGUGCCUGCAGCUCGAAUUGGAGAACAUCCGGAAUACGCUGCACCGCAUUUUCCAUUACAUUUUAGCGAAUCAGGACAGCAGGGAGCCCUGUCUCAGGUACAUCGCUCAGUUGCUCAAGUAUAACGAGAAACGGGCGCAACUAGCGAUGGACGAACGCCUAUUGGCCGGCGACGGUUUCAUGUUGAAUCUGCUCAGCGUCCUGCAGAAUCUCUCGGUGAAGAUAAAGUUCGCGAAAAUGGAUCCGAUGUAUCCGUUCCACCCCGAAGCGAUGAUCAGCAUCCAGAACGACACGAGACUGAAAUUUUCCUCUCAGGAAGUCGGCGAUUGGUUAGAGAAAUUUGGCGAAUCAUAUGACUUUUCCGCGCCGAAAUUCUCUACCAUUUGCUGGUUUUUGACCCUCCACUGCCACCAUUUGUCCCUUUUGCCGGCCAUCCAAAAGUAUCAGCGGCGGCUGCGCGCGAUCAAAGACCUGCAGAAGUUGCUGGACGAGACUGUAGCGGCGGAACCGCAGUGGAAGAACACACCAUUCGCCAGCAGGAACAAGAAAUUCAUCAAACGGUGGAAGCAUCAGGUCAAAAAAUUGAACAAGUCGAGAGCUUGUGCCAACGCGGGCCUGUUAGAUAAAAACCUGAUGGGCAGGUCGUUGAUAUUUUAUACGACCGUCUCCGAGUAUUUGCUCAGUCUAAUGACCGGGGCGCCACCCGGAAGUCCCGUGCCGGACCUACCACUGCCUCCUCCCACCUCCCCUGCGUUCUACGCAAUGCCCGAGUGGUACGUCGAGGACAUCGCGGAGUUUUUGCUGUUCGCCCUGCAGCAUUUUCCCGGCCUUGUCACGAAGUAUGCCGAGGACAGCCUGAUAACGUGGCUCCUGGUCACAAUAUGCUCAUCAAACAUGAUCAAGAACCCGUAUCUCGUUGCUAAGCUGGUGGAGGUUGUGUUUGUCAUUAUACCCCAGAUCCAGCCCAAAUGCGAGUUGCUUUAUAACAGAAUGUUGUCGCACCACAUUUCGCGGACCGUUCUGCCUAGCUCGUUAAUGAAGUUUUACACAGAGGUGGAAACGACCGGUUCGAGUUCGGAAUUUUAUGACAAAUUUUCCAUAAGAUAUCACAUAAGUCUCAUAAUUAAAGGCAUGUGGAAUUCUCCGGUACAUAGGCAAGUUUUGGUAAACGAAUCGAAAAACGGCAAUCAGUUCGUCAAGUUUGUCAAUAUGCUGAUGAACGACACGACAUUUUUGUUAGAUGAGUCAUUGGAGUCGCUAAAAAGGAUUCACGAAAUACAGGAAUUGAUUGCGGAUACCGAUAAAUGGUCGAAGCUGUCAAACGAUCAACAGCAAAGCAAAAUGCGACAGCUCAGCGCGGACGAAAGGCAGUGCCUUUCCUAUUUGACUUUGGCGCGGGAAACUGUCGACAUGUUCCACUACCUCACCAUAGACAUUAAAGAGCCGUUCCUGAGGCCCGAGCUGGUGGGCCGACUGGCAUCCAUGCUCAAUUUCAAUUUGCAACAGUUGUGCGGCAAAAAGUGCAAAGACUUAAAAGUUGACCACCCCGAGAAAUACGGUUGGGAACCGAGACGCUUGUUAAGCCAAUUGGUAGACAUUUAUUUACAUUUGGACUGUGAUGCUUUUGCGGAAGCACUGGCUGGUGACGAGAGGUCUUUCCGUCGGGAACUUUUUAACGACGCCCUCGUCCGUCUAGAGCGGAACGCCAUAAAAACGCCCGUCGAGAUUGAACAGUUCAAGGAACUGGCCGCGAAAGCGUGCAGAGUGUUGGAGAACAACCAAAGGUCAGACGAGUGGUUGGAAGAUGCACCCGACGAAUUUAAAGAUCCCCUAAUGGACACACUGAUGACUGAUCCCGUGCUGCUGCCCAGUGGACAGAUUAUGGAUAGGUCCGUAAUUAUGAGACAUUUGCUGAACAGCAAUACCGACCCGUUCAAUAGGCAGCCGUUGACUGAAGAGAUGCUUUUGCCAGUGGAUGACCUGAAGGAGAGGAUACGGAUAUGGAAAACGGAAAAAAUACGCACGACACUGAACUGAGCGCGCGUCGCUUUAAAAAUCGCGAUACAAAAAAAUCCUCCUAACGCGUGACCGUCGAACGUCAGCCCGGUUAUAUUGUACAAACAUGGCGAUUUUGAUUUUUUUGUUUAUAUAUUUUUGAUUUUAUUAAGAUUUUAUGGAUUUAUAUAAUAUGGCGCGUUGCCGCGAGAGACAGAAUAAAGAAAAUAUAGACGUUAUUUGUUGGCACGAGACGCGGUCCAGUAUUUCGUACAGUCGGUAACUGCCAAUAGAAGCUUCGGCGCUUCGCAACCGUAAGCAUUUAGUUCGGACCUGCGUAUAAUUAGAAGGGAAUUGGAUAUUGAGCGUACUUUAAGGCUGAUAAAUUUAGAUCUCACAGCGUAAUGUAAGGUUUAUAUUUCUUAGCGUAUUUCGUUUUUCCUUAACAAAAAGUAAGUUUUUUUUCUUGCGUAUAAAAUCGUCGGCCACCCGGUUCACUAACGGAUAAUGGAUAUUGCCGAUGUAUAUUCGUGUUGACUACAAACGUAACUGCCACUAGGUAUUUUGCGUUCGUAAACUCUCGAACGGGUUCGCGCAAUUUUUAUCGGCCAUUUUCCAACUCGGCGAUAGAAAAUCAUUCUUACGCACUUUUUUAUGAAAUAAAAGAAGUUCUGAAAGGUGUGAUUGGUACGAAUUUAGGUAGGACACAAAAGUUUUGUCGAAUAACCGUCAUUACUUCAUAAAAUUAAUAUAAUAACAAAAAUAGAAAACACUUGAGGGAAUACUUAUUCCAGUGGCGUAGGAACUGUUUGUAGUCCACAAGGAUACGGAGGCCACCUGAAUGACGCAUCUGAAUGCAUGUUUUUCUCGAAUUGCCGUCUUUACUUCAUAUAACAAAAAGUGGCGUCCUGGAAACAACUUUUUCUACUUUUUUAUUAGUGCGUUAAUUAGAAUAAUAAAGGCGUUAUCGUUUAUUGCUGAUAAAAAAGACAGCAAAAAACGAAAACACUUGAGACAGCACUUAUUCCAAAAAAAUAAAAUUAACAAACCCGGUGGCGUGGGAAGAUUAGAUAAUAAAUUUAUAUGAAGUGUAUUAAAAGUUGUUUGCGAAAAACAGAUUUCCGGCAACGUGUUCUACCUAAGCGAGCUUGGCCACCUGUUGUUUUUGAAGCUCGAAGUUUUCUCGAAAAUCGGAACAUAACGAUAAUUCUCGAUUAAUUAUUCUGUAGCGUUGCCAACUUGGUCAAAAAACAUUGCCUCGUUCCGAGUUAGUGGCCGUUCAACGUCACUAAUCCUCAUAUUUUCGUGUAUAAUGUGGAUGCGAUGUUCGAUAUUCAUUUUCAGUUCCAAUGGUCACUGUUUUUGUUAAAUAGAAAGUAUAAAUGGGAAUUCAUAAUUAGUUGUACAUAGGUGGUAAAAAAUAGGUUGAAUGAAUUUUUAACUUGUAAACGUUCUUCACCCACCACUGUCGAAGUGUGAUUCAAACCGACACAAAUAAUAAGUGCAAAGAAGAGGUUCGUUUCGGAAAAGUAUGAGAAGGACGGAUCGUUUUCCACACGCACACCGAUUUAAAGCGCGUGGAGCCGGUCCAGUCUUUUUUCCUCGUAAUAUAUAACAAUUUUUUAUAUGAAAUUUAGCGGUAGGAUGUUAAAAUAAAUCAAUUUGGGGCAAACUACUUUUUUUUACUUCACCCUGGCGUCAC